UGUGCAUACGCCUCGUAGAUAGAUCAUAGACUGUAUUUCCUUAGGCUUAGGAAGUGUCUUUUAGUGAUUUCAGACUGCUCUAGCCGGAACAUGGAUCGAAUUUAGCUGCUCUUGACUUGAAUCUUCGCUGUGCUACGAAUGCUAACCUCAGCUCGUGUAUAAACACAAGAAAUUCCUUAUUCACAACAAUUAUUGUUUACACAUUAAAAUAUUUCGCCGGCUGUUUCACCGUCAGUGUGUUUCAUCGAUGUGAACGAUCUCUCAGUUCAAGGCAAAUUCCGUGAGUUAUUACAAAAACUGGCAUUUCGGAUUUGGCGUUUUUCUUUAGCAACUGUGCCCACAACUAAAGCUGUCAGCAGCAACAACGCGGUACAAUAUGGGUGAGUGUAUCUUUGAAAAUGCUGGAAACUUCAUGGCGGAUUCUUACCAAACAAACAGAAAACUAUCAUUUCCACAAACAUUUGGCAAAAGUACAUACAUGGAGCAACAAUUCUUAUGUACGUCGAGUGAUAAUCGCCUUGUUGAUGCCGAACUCGAAUAUUUUAACCAAAUAUUAAACGAACAGUACGAUAAACCAACUUCAAGUGAGAGCAGCACGGCAAUGGAAGAAAAUUUAUCGGACUUGAUUGAGGAGAACAUGAAACCACAGUCUAUUAGUCAAGAUACGUGUCAGUUACUCCAGAAGCUACAAAGGAAGAGAGUGAACUUAGUACUGGUGGCAACUUCGCUAGAAGAAAGCGAUGUCGUUCAGAGACUUAAAAGCAGUUUAGAUCCCCUAACGUCUAGCAUGAUUCCUCUGUCUUUUGAAGAAAGCAAAAGUGUCGGGGUUGACAGAGACCACCCUGGUUUCGAGCUGGCGUCAAUAAAACACGAAGGUGAAGCUGAAGCGGAAGACGGAAAGAACACUGAGAGGUAUAGCAAAGGUAAACAACAAUUAGGUUUUCAGGAAACAAUUUCAAAGCCAAAAGAUGCGAAAUACUGGAAACGAAGAAGUAGUAAUAAUGAGGCUGCAAGAAGAUCGCGUGAAGCAAAGAGAAUUCGCUUCAUUUGGAUACAAAACAGAACGAAAGAGCUUGAAAUAGAAAACUCAAGCUUACAGAAAGAACUUAAAAUUUUGGAACAGAAAGUCCUAGAGCAAGAAAAUAAAAAGGCUGAAAAAUAGUUCCUAACUGCAUGUGUUCAGUAUUUCUCAUGCAUGCACCUUGUAUACUUGUAAAUUAAAAUUUCCUGUUUCUAAAAUAGUGGAUUUCCAAUUAUUCGUAGUAAAUUUUGAAAGAGGACGAAUGGGAGGUUAACAUCGAAUUAUUUCCAACGAAAUGUUUAGGAGAUGAAAUUGUAUGCAGAAUGUGGAAUAUGUUGAAUGUAUUACAUGAAAAAGUGAAUAUAUACUUGCA